AUGGGGAGUGACCCGUGGCGGACGGACGGGCGCCACGGAGCCGAUGGCGGUCAUGGGUAUCGUCAGGACACGAGAGCGUACCGCUCGCCGGAGGAAGGCUAUCGCCAUCUCGAAGAUCGAGGUCGCGGGCGAGGUCUGGAGGAGCUCUUCUCGGGUCGCCAGGGCGAUCUUGAUGUGGAUGGAGAAGACGAGGCCGGCAAGGCGAAUCGUGUGCGGGAGACGGAUCACGAAGGCGAAGCCAAGGGCGAUGGCGAAUCCCAGGUGGAAGGCACGGGUGAGCAGCGCGAAAUGCCCGCGGGAGUCGACAACGACGAUCCCGCGCAGGCGGGCGUGGCGGCAGAGCCAAGCACGGCGGAGGCGGACGGAAGGAGCGGCCCGCGAAAUCAGACGCGCGACGGAGAGAAAGGUGACAGCGGGAGGCGUGGCGGUGGCUCGCGCUCCCCCGAUCCGCGCCAGCAAGACGCGUCCCGCGCGGCGGCGUGCGCUCGCCAGAUUCGCGCCCGAAUCGGGAAAGGAGACGUGGCGGCGGCACGCACUCGCCAGAACCGCGGCAGAAGCGUGGCGGGGAACGUGGUGGCGGCAUGCGCUCGCCAGAUACACGGGUGCAGCAUGACGGGAGGCGCGGGAGCGGCUACGGCUCACCAGAACGGCGGCCGCUGUAUGAGGCAAGGCGCGGAGGCGGCCACCGCUCGCCAGAUCUGCGGCAGCAUCAGGACAGUGGGCGCGGGGGCAGCUCGCGCUCGCCGGAUUCGCGGAAGUAUCACGACUGGAGAAGUGGAGGGGAUCUGCGCUCACCAGGUCCUCGUUACCCUCGUGAUGAGAGGCGCGGAGGCGGCUCUCGCUCGCCUGACCUGCAACGAUACCGAGGAGAGAGGUGGGGAAGCGAGGCGCGCUCACCUGACUGGCGCAUGCAGCAUGACGGAAGCCGGGGAGGGGGACACUGCUCGCAGCAUCGGCAACAGGGCAGGGACGAAGGGCGCGGCGAUGGGGCUCGCUCGCCUGGCCGGUACUGGCGGCAAGACGGAAGACGUGCCGGUGAGGGAGAACGGGAUCAACGCAACAGCAGAGAGGGAAGCAGCGGGCUGA